AUGAAAUGUAUUACAGGCGCCGUGGGAUUCAUCUUGCGGUUCAUUACACCAGUGUCGGUGGUACCAUUGGUGGCGCUUGUUGGUUUGUCGCUGUUUGACGCCGCUUCUGCCAGCUCUUCGAAAAACUGGGGACUGGCCUGCAUCACGAUGGCAUUGAUCGUUGUCUUCUCACAAUACCUGAGGCAUUUGAGCAUUCCAGUGCCGUCUUACGACAAGGAGACCCGGAAGUUCCGGACAAAGCCUUUUCCGUUGUUCGAGUUGUUACCGAUUAUACUGGCGAUUUUGGCAAGUUGGCUGGCGGCAUUCAUUCUCACGGCCACUGACGUGAUUCCGGAAGGAAAUCCCGGCCGCACGGAUUCCACAAUCAUGAUUUUGCGCAAUAGCCCAUGGUUCCGCUUACCUUAUCCCGGUCAGUGGGGAACUCCGGUAAUAACGACUGCCGGGGUUUUGGGAAUGGUGGCGGCCAUAUUGUCUUCUGUGGUGGAAUCCAUCGGCGAUUAUUACGCAUGCGCCAGACUUUGCAAUGCACCAUCUCCACCAGUGCACGCCAUAAAUCGUGGCAUAGGCAUUGAGGGAGUUGGCAGCGUUUUUGCUGCACUUUUUGGAACCAGCACUGGUACCACGAGCUAUUCCGAAAACAUUGGCGCCAUAGGUAUCUCCAAGGUCGGCAGCAGGAGGGUGAUCCUAUGUGCUGGGGUCCUGAUGAUGAUAUGUGGGGUCGUGUCAAAACUUGGGGCCGUGUUCGUCAUGAUCCCUGAGCCAAUCAUCGGAGGGAUCUUUUGCACGCUUUUCGGUGUCAUCGCUGCUGUUGGACUUUCGAAUCUCCAGUUCGUGGACCUGAAUUCAACCAGGAACAUUUUCAUCCUGGGGUUCUCUUUGUUCAUGGGCCUAGUGAGUGAAUCUUCGUUAAGAAUUCUGGUCUUUGCGCAUCCCCGUUUGUUUGCAGUGCCCAAGUGGAUGCAAGCCAACAGUGGCAAGAACAUCAUAUCCACUGGAUUAUCCGAUCUGGAUUCUUUGCUCACGGUGCUGCUGUCCACGAGUAUGUUUGUCGGCGGUGGAAUUGCAUUUUUUCUGGACAACACUGUUCCAGGUACUUUUUUUUUCAACUGA